AUGUUCAAGUGGUAUGAAUCGCCCGAGCUUCAGUCGCAUCACGACAAUGCGUUCACUUCUCGAAGCCCAGGGUUACGAGCCCUUCCUCCAGGUCACAAUGAAGCCAGCUUCCAACGUGCGGUCAAUGAGUUCCGGGCCAUCGUAGGUGCUGAGAACGUCAUCACCGACGAAGGUCUGGCCAACUUCCGUGAUCCAUAUCCUCUAUUUGAAGAAGGCUUUGAGGCAUCCGCAGGUCUAUGCCCCGCGUCUGUCGAAGAGGUCCAAGCAAUUCUUAAAGUAGCAAACCAACACCAGAUCCCUCUCUGGACAUGCUCACAAGGGAAGAACUUUGGCUAUGGUGGGCCUGCACCCCGCGUUUCUGGCUCCAUGGUGCUGUCCCUCCACCGCAUGAACCGUAUCUUGGAAGUCAACGAGAAGCUGGCUUACAUCGUGGUGGAACCUGGUGUCACCUUCUUUGAUGUCUUCAACCACAUCACCAAGAACAAACUUGAUCUUUGGGUUUCUGUCCCAGCUUUAGGCUGGGGAAGUGUCUUGGGCAAUGCAAGCUUCCAGACACUAGACCGUGGCCAUGGAUAUACCAUUUCUGGAGAUCGCCAGCACUUUGUGGGAAGCAUGGAGAUUGUUUUGGCUUCAGGAGAGGUUCUCCGAACGGGCCAGUGGGCUGUGCCCAAUUCCCCAAGUGCACAUGCCUGCCCCAACAGCUUCGGUCCUCAGAUCGAUGGGCUUUUCUUACAGAGCAACUUGGGUGUUGUCACAAAGAUCGCUGUCAGCCUCGACGUGGCACCCCAAGCUUUCAUGGAUGUCAAGAUCCACUGUCCUGAGGUUGAGGACAUCGCGCCUCUCAUCGACACACUCCAGCAACUAGAUCGUGAGGGAAUUACCCAAAGCCAUCACAUGAUCACUAACAUCAACCAUUUUGCCUCUCAUGACGCACCAAAGCACCAGCAGCAGAGUCAGCCAGGCCCCCUCACGCCGGAGUCCAUUGCCGCACUCAAGAAGAAGUACAACACAGGAUACUGGAGAUGCACAAUAUCCCUGUAUGGGCCCAAACAGAUGGUUCUCGCCCGUUGGAGCAGGGUGGAGGAACUUGUCACACAGAGGGUCACCAACGCCUGGCUUGAGCACACUCUCUUCGAGGGCAAGGACGGCAAACCUGUGGACAACACUGAGAUAGGGACUCUGGCGGCGGGCAUUCCCUCAAUGGGUGCCGUCAAACUUGCAGAGUACAACCUUCCUGCAGAUGGCACAGGUGCAGGCGCUCACAUUGACACUACUCUAAUCCUGCCUUGUGAUGGUGAGACCGUUGUGACGUGGUUCCACAAGGCUCGGGCGAUCAUGGAGGAACAGGGAGUCGACCCAUUCAUUGGCUGCCACGUUUUCUCAAAGUACAUCCUUUUUGUUCAGGAGUACGUCUUUGACAAGUCCAACAAGAAGGCGCGUGAGGGCGGUCGCAAGGUAGUCAAGGCUUUGCUCACUGAAGCAGAGAAAAACGGGUUUGCAAAUUAUAGAGCUCACGUCCAGCAUAUGGAUGCGGUGCAGAACUUAUAUGGAUUUAAUGGUCACAUUUAUAGAAGAUUUGUUGAGACUCUCAAGGGUGCUCUAGAUCCGAAUGGAAUCCUGUCCCCUGGCAAGCAGGGUAUCUGGCCGACGAAGACUCUGGUUCAUCUACCGGCUCGACAAACCUAG